CAAGGGGUCAUGACAUCCGUAAUAAUGGCAUUCCGUAUACCAACAGCCAGGAUAUCAAAGGCCAUGCUUUUGCCGUGCUUCGGGCGUCUGAAAACUGCUAACGUCAUAGCCGCCCCGCUUCGGACAUAUAUUUGACUAUAAAAAUAGUACUACAAUGUGCUUCACCGCUGGGCGCCAGGGAGCAAUGUUUUGUCUUUGAAAGCAGCAAGUGCUAAAGGAUGCUCUUGCGCAAAAUAGAAUAACCACAUAAUUUACCCAAUAUGAUUUUAUUGUUCUAUGUUUAUUACAUUUCGAGAAAAAGUCGGUUUUCAGAAGAAUAAUUGUCUCGAAAGAUAAAACUAUACAGCCCCUAAAUGCCCAACAAAAUUGAGCCGGCUACCUUCUCAGUUUUUUUUUUUUUUUUUUUUUCAACCUCGGCCAUGAGGUACAUUCAUCCCUCUAAGUGCAGUUCCCAGAAAGGGGUGCGUACACAAAGGCCGGCCACAGCUUUCACCAAGAGGCGAGGAAUGUCUAGGUGUGAGGUAGCGGGGGAGGGGGGGUGCAUGUUUCGGCUUAAAGAGGGGAUUUAUGGUCUCUUCGAUUUGGCUUGCACUGGCUGCACUAGUUCUGAAAAGUGCCGCAGUGGUGCCGAGCGGGUGCAGCACCGGCAGCGCCGGUUCAGCAAGUGCAGCUGGAGCCGCACUAGCGCACGACUGCAAAACGAAGACGGAAGUGCAGGCCUAGCAGAGGCAUAGCUUUGUUUACGUGUUUUACGUGCACGUUGUGUAUCGCUGGCACCGCUUGCGACGUAAAAUGGCCCUCUUUGAAAUUGCCAUGGAGCUAUUGGACUCGGAAAGCGACGACGACUGCGACUACAGUGACAUCCACGUUGACUCCGACGACGAGUUCGACGAUGUGUGUGUUUCGGUAGCCUGUGCGUUGGUACGAAGAGAUGCAAAUCGUGUGCCGGGGUACGAGAACGUGAUAACCAGGUAUCAUGAGCAUGAGUUUAAAAGAUUGUUCAGGCUCUCUAGAGAAACAUUUGACUGGCUAAGUGGUCAAUUCAGAGCUUCGACCUUCUAUCCAAACGCGCUUCAAGGGCGUCAAAAAAUAUCCGCUGAAAAGACAUGCCUAAUUGCUCUUGUGUAUGUCGGCUCGCAAAUGUCGAUGUACGCCAUAGGAGACAAGUUUGACGUGGCAGAGUCGUCAGUGCAUGCAUGCGUGACGCGGUUCGUCCACUUUUUGCACUCACUUAGCGGUGAUGUUAUAUGCUGGCCCAGCAGUGCAGAAAUGAGUCGCAUCAAGGCAGGUUUCCUCGCCAAGAGUGGAGGCAAAGGCCCACGGAAUGCCAUCGGCUGCAUCGACGGUUCGCACAUCCAGAUCCUGACUCCAAGCGAAUCGACGCAGUCAUAUUUCAAUCGCAAGAAGUGGCCAUCUAUUAUUUUACAAGGGAUCUGCGAUGAUAGGAAUCGCUUUCUGAAUGUUUUCAUUGGGUUCCCUGGAUCUGUCCACGAUGCCCGCGUUUUGAAGGAGAGCCCAUUCUUCGCACGUGCGCCAUUGGAAUGUGGUGAAAACUACAUUCUGGGGGAUAGUGCGUAUCCUCUGAUGCCUUGGCUGAUGACUCCAUUCAGGGACAAUGAAGCCUCAUUUCCGUCUUGGAAAAAACACUUUAAUAAGCGACACAGCCAGCAGAGGGUGUCCAUCGAGAACACCUUCGGCAUGCUUAAACAGCGUUUCAGGAGGUUGUACCUUGUGGAUGCCAAAACUGUUGUGCAGUCCUGCUAUAUAGUCAUGGCAGCGUGUGUGCUCCACAACCUGUGCAACAACGAGAGGGACUUCUUCCAGGAGCUGACAGCUUUACCACAAGAGGAAGAUGUGGGUAAUGACGACAGUGAAGGGGAUUUUGACUGCAGCCUGCCAGGCUACAGUCAGUCCCUGCGAGAGUUCAUUGCAAAGGAGCAGUGCUAGGAACAUGUCGCAUCUCUGUGAAUGCCAUGCCAAUGUGGAAAAGUGUUUUGUAAAAUGAUUUGUCUCAUAUAUGAGGAAUGUUUUCAUUUGAAAUAAAUUGAACAUGCAGUGGUA